AGUUCGUCGCCACGCUCCCAGACCUACAAGGGAAAACCAGAGCACAUCAGCGGCCUGAUCCGGGGUGGCAUUUCGGGGAGAAAACGACCAUAUUCGCGGUUCCAGACAUCUCGAAGUACCGCCAGCUCUCGCCGCUCCGCACUUGGCUGCAACGCCGUUCCUCUGUCCUGUGUAAUCUCAGGAUUUUUUGCUCCUGCCCUUACAAGAACCAUCAGAACCAGAUGCACUUCAGAGAAUGAGCCGGAGUCACCGUGGGCUUGGAAAGUUGCUGCGGAAAGCUCAAGAGUUUCAAAAUGGUGCUGGAUUUUGUAAAAUGAAGUCUGAUGGAUUCAGCAGAGUUCACAGGAACACCCCAGGAAGAACAAGGGAAAAAAACCCAGCAGCUCAUGUACAGGCAGUCAGAGGUGAUGCCAUCCAAGUGGAGGGACUGGAGAGCAGAAACAUGGGUCUCAAUGAAAACAAGUAAUAGGGAAGGCAGAAGGAUGUGUUCUUCACAGCGAGAUCCCAGGCAGAGAUGACGAGCUUUUUCUGCGGAUGAGAGGAGCACCCGGCGUAGUUCUGUCAGAGCAUGGAAAGGAGCCAUCCCUGAAGGAGGAUUGCCUUUGAGCUGGCAGCAGACGAAUGAUUGGCAUUGGGCAGCGCUGCUGAGACUCUGGCAGGCCGUUUAGCAGAGAACCUUGGCUAAUGAAUGUCAUCCACACCUAGCAGAUGUGCCACUGCCUGCCAUGCCAGAUUUUUGACAUAAUACGGGGCUGCUGGACACGACAGUGCUCGGGAAAAGCCAGGGAGCGACUCGUGCCUUCAACGUGGCGUUUGGUCCUGCUCGUGCUCUGUGAGAGAAACGAAACCUGCAGGGGGGAGGGAGGCACAGCCGCGUCUCCCGGCCCUCCACCCUGCUUUUAUCGAUACAGAUAUACAAGGCAAACCAAAGGUUUCGGCUGCUAUUCAGUGCCUCCUCAUUUGUCCCAGAGCCGUAACAGUGGUGCCCUUUCUCUUCUGGCUGCUUUUCCCUGCUUCUGGAGCAGCAGUUAUGGGAGAAGCAGAUGGCUACUGAUUGGACUCUGUGUUUGCUCAGAAAGAAGGUGGAGGGGAAGUUCGGGCACCAUCAGGGAUGAGGAAAGAGCCGAGAUGCCUAUGGUGUGUCUGAACCAUGAGAAAGCAGGUAGGAAAGGUACGUCGGCUUCCUGGGGAGCAGGAGCCUUUGCUCCUUGGGGUGAACCACAGCUAAAGAUGGUAUCCAGCCCUUUUUAAGGAUUUGUGAUUUUGUGGCAUGGCAGUGAUCUGACACAGGAGUCCAGCAUCGGUGAGGAGGGGCUGAAGGGUCAGAGGCAAUCGGAAGGGACAGGCACUCUGCCUGUGUUUGGGAGCUGGGCUGGAAACAGGACAGAACAGAGGUGGUGUGCCUCAGCCCUGGCAAGGACCUGGAGAGGCCUGUCUGUCUCCAGGGAAGGGAACCGUUCUGGCUGCAUUUCUCCAGGCACCAGGAAAGCUUGUGGCUCCACAUUUCGUUUUAAGUGGAUUUUCCAUUCCACCUGGUGUGCACCUCCCGGGGACCACAGCUGGCCCUGCCCCUGGCAGCAGCAGGCAGAGAAGGUAGCAAGGCAGUACAGAGCAUCCCUUCAUGCCCCCUCCCCAUGGUGCCCUGGUCCCGCAGGAGUGAGAGUGGCUGGGCUCGUGUGCUUCUGGGAACUCGUGUGUUCUCUCAGUGAUUUUAUUUUAUGAGUGAUUUUAUUGCAGUCACCUGGGAGCUGGUUCUCAUCUGGGUAAGUGUCUCCUCUCGGGAGUAACCACACACCCGUAGGCCUGGUGCAUGAUACAACUCAGGCAGCGUUUCCCAAAGGAUGCAGGACUGUUCCUGAGCACAGGUUGAGCAGCCUUUCCUGGUCCCUCUCCUCUCCCCUUCAUGCGUGAAGGUCAGGGAGGAAAGAGAAGACUGACACUCCUGGGAGCAGGUGCUCUGUCCCUUGCAGCCGUCCCCACAGGAACUCAUCGCGGGCAGAAGAGGGUUAUCACGGUGGUUACUGAUAAGUGGUGUCCAAGCAUCCAGGCAUCCCCAUGCUGCCAGCCCUUCGGCCCCUGCAGCCUCCUGAAUCCCACCAGGUCCCCGCCCUGGCUUCUGUGGGGAUUUGGCUCGCCAGCCCAGCCCCUUCUGAGCUCAGGUCCCGGGCUUGUCCGCUGCUCUGGGGCUUCCCGUUGCGCGGGAGCUGGUCCCUGCCGCGCUGGUGCCGUCCAGAGGGGCUCGGAAGGGCAGGGGCUGUGCUUUUGGAGGGCGGGGAGUGGCGGGGGUUUGCCGGCUGCGGCGGUCCAUGGGAAAGCGGCCGGAACUCCUCAGCCCGGGUUGUCCCUGGCCUUCCGCAAGGAUUUUCUGGAAAAAUAAGCGACCAAAAAAUACAUGGAUGUACCGAAAUAGAAGCGUGCGGCAGACAGACGGCGGCGGGCAGCGAUCUCACUGCCCCGUAGGGUGACACGGCUCUCGCUGGCAGCGCGGCGGGGGCCGGAUCGGGCCCGGCGCACCUGCCCCGUGCUCCCCAAAAAUCCCGGUGAGGCAUUUCCAGGAGGCCGGGAGAGCGCCACCGGCGCCAGGCUUUACGGGGUUUCAGGUGGGCGCGCACCCCCCAGCAGAAACUCCGGAAGAAAGAGCCGCGUCCGUCCCAAAGCCGUUCUGCGGGUCGAAGGACGCUGUUCCCUGGGAUCCCCUUUUGGAGAGGCAUCAGAGGCUGGAUAAAAGCUCGGAAAUUCCUCCGCGGUCCCUUCCAGUCCCAGGGAGUUUCGGUAGCUUGGAUCAUGCCGAAGCGAUUUCGAGACCGUAUAUGUGCUGUGGUGUCCCUUAAAAUUCUCGCGAAUAAAAUCAGCGCGUAGGUUUUCUUUCCCCCUACUAAUGACAGUCAUCCGGACAAUUUAUAUCUUACAGAGAGAGCUGCAGCACUGACGGGAAAAAAAAAAAAAAAGAAAAAGAAAAAAGAGAGAAAGAAACAGGACUAGGGAAAAAAAAAAAAAAAAACAACCACAUUUGAAGCAGCAAUGGACAUCCAAAUUUUUACAGACUCCCAUAUUUUUAAUGUUAUGAGAAUCUCCCUUUUAGGAGACGCUGCCUUUUGUCGAAUUAAUAAGAUAAAUGUUGAAAGCAUAUUAUAUGCAGCCUUUAAUCCUAAUGCAAGGAAAAUCGUAAUUAUGUGGAGGAUAAGUGAAUUUGAAAGCCAAACAUCAGCCCACUCUCUGCAAACCCCGCUCCGUUCCCCCCUGGAAAGCGCUUUGUCUCUCCCUUUUUUUUUUUCUUUUUUUUUUUUCUUUUUUUUUUAAUUUAAGGGGCUUCAAAUUCUAUUUUUAAUUAUUCUUUUUUUUAAUCUGUUUUGUAUCUGAAAUGACGGCGAUCAGGGAGGGACCGGUACACACUUUUACACGCGAUAAACCCCUUUUUUCGGCACAGAGCACCGCGCCUCUCUCUUCCCUGAAGCUGGGCGCGUGUCGGUGAAUGCUGGAGCCCCGCGUGUACAGGGGGAGAGCCCGUGGCCGCCCCCCGCCCCGGAGUGGCUAGGAAUGGGCGGGAUGCUCCGGCCGGGGCUGCCCCUGCUCCGCUCCGCCGGGGAGCGCGGGGCUGCCCGGUGCCGCUUCUCCGCACGCCGGGCCUUCGCCGGCAGCGCAGGAGGGCCGCUCUACUCCGCGGAGCCGAGCACGGGCAUGCCCGCUCGGCUCCGUCCCGCCGAGGAGGUUUUGUCCUGCGUGUCGGAUGGCCCCUACCUGGCAGGUGCGGGGACAGGGCGUGAAGCCAUCGCCGGGAUCCCGGCGACGGGCGGAGCGGCCGUCGGGCACCCCCGCUCCCCGCCCCGCACCCCCGCCGGGCCGAAGCGGAGCCGCGGCCCCAAACACGCUCCCUGCCCCGGCAGAGGGUCGGUGGGGGAACGCGUCCCGCGUUUCCCACCCCCUUCCCCGGUGGUGCCCGGUGGCGGCGGGUCCAGGUGAGGGGCGGGCGGGCUGCGAGCGGGCAGCCCCGAAGGGGUUAACGGGAGGGACGUGGGCUGUCACGCGUCAUUGGGCAGAUUAUGUGCAGCAAACAAAAAGUGUGUGUCUGCGUGCCAGCCCCUCACUGCACCGGGUCCGUCUGCACCGCGCGCCUCCCGCUCCGCCGCCCGCACGGCCCGGCCCGGCAUGGAGCGGCGCUGAGAGCCCGAGGCAGCCAGCCCGAAGCCGCCUUUGUGCCACUGUCGGGGCGAGGAUUAUCCCCACCGUCCCUGGGAUGGAGGACGCCGGCGUCCAGCGGGGAAUAUGGGACGGGGAUGCCAAGACGGUCCAGCAGUGCUUGACUGACAUUUUUACCAGCGUUUACACCACCUGCGACAUCCCGGAAAAUGCCAUUUUCGGCCCCUGCGUCCUGAGCCACACGUCCCUGUAUGACAGCAUCGCCUUUAUCGCCCUCAAGUCCACCGACAAGCGCACCGUCCCCUACAUAUUCCGGGUGGACACGUCGGCGGCCAACGGCUCGUCGGAGGGGCUGAUGUGGCUGCGGCUGGUGCAGUCGGCGCGGGAGCGGGAGGAGCAGAACCUGGAGGCCUACAUCAAGAGCGGGCAGCUCUUUUAUCGCUCCCUACGUCGCAUCGCCAAGGACGAGGAGCUGCUGGUGUGGUACGGCAAGGAGCUCACCGAGCUGCUGCUGCUCGGUCCGGCCCGGGCCCCCGCCCGCACCAACGGCUCGCCGCCCUUCGCCUGCCCCGAGUGCAGCCAGCGCUUCCAGUUCGAACUGCCCUUCGCCGCACACCUCCGGUUCCGCUGCCCCAAGAGGCUGCACGGCCCCGACAUCGGCCCCGCCGCCGAGGCCGCCGCCGCCAAGGACGGCGCCGGCAAGGAGCAGGAGCCCGGCAAGUUCGGGAAGCCCGGCGGGCCGCCGCACCAUCCCUUCCCCGGGCCUGACGGCGGCCCCGCCGCCAGCACCAAGCCCUCCACGGACUUCCACAACCUGGCGCGGGAGCUGGAGAACUCCCGCGGCGGGCGCGCCGGCUCCCCGGGGCGGCCGGCGCCCCCCGAGGGCGGCCCUGAGGCGGCGGCCGGGAAGGCGAAGCGGCGCUUCCCCGAGGAGGAGGAGCGCGGGCCCGGCGCGGCGCGGGGCCGCUUCCCGGCGGAGCGACCGGGGCUGCCGGCGGCGCCCAAGGAGGAGCCGGGCUGCGCCCCGCAGCAGCAGUACCGCGCCGCCGGCUCCUACUGCGGGCUGGAGGAGGGAGGGCGCCUCUUCGCGCCGCCCAGCCCGGAGACCGGCGAGGCCAAGCGCAGCGCCUUCGUGGAGGUGAAGAAGGCGGCCCGCGGCCCCGAGCCCGACGGCGGCCCCGAAGAGGGACCGGAGCGCGGCUCCCCGGGCGCGGGCGGCGCGGAGCCGGGGCUGUGCCCCCGCGGCGGCGCGGGGGGCCCGCUGGCCGCCCGCCUGGACGGCGGCAGCCCGGCGCGGGGGAGCGCCUUCAGCACGGUGCCGCAGCUCGGGGCCGGCCCCGGCGGGCCCGGCGGCGGCGGCGGCGGCGCCGACGAGAGGAAAAGCGCCUUCUCGCAGCCCGCCCGCUCCUUCCCGCACGUCCCGCCGCUGGUGCUGGGUCCCAAGCUGGGCGGGCUGGGCGAACCCUGCCCCGACGGCGCCGCCGCCCCCGCCCGCCUGUACGCCGCCGAGGCGCUGGCCGCCAAGCUGCCGGGCGGCGGGGAGGCUGCGGGCGGCGGCGGCGGCGGCGGGGGGCUGCCCAAGCAAAGCCCCUUCCUCUACACCACGGCCUUCUGGCCCAAGAGCUCGGCGGCGGCGGCGGUGGCGGCGGCGGCGGCGGGGCCGCUGCAGCUGCAGCUGCCGUCGGCGCUGACGCUGCUGCCGCCGUCGUUCACCUCGCUGUGCCUGCCGGCUCAGAACUGGUGCGCCAAGUGCAACGCGUCCUUCCGCAUGACCUCGGACCUGGUCUACCACAUGCGCUCCCACCACAAGAAGGAAUACGCGCUGGAGCCCCUCGUCAAGCGCCGCCGCGAGGAGAAGCUCAAGUGCCCCAUCUGCAACGAGUCCUUCCGCGAGCGCCACCACCUCUCCCGCCACAUGACCUCCCACAACUAGCGGGGACAACCCCCCCUCCGGCCCCGGGAACCUGCCCGGGACCCCCGCGCCGGGGACACCCGCGCCGCCCGCUUCUCCCACCCUUCCCCUUCGAUGCACGCGUUUCCACAGUCCGGGGAGGGGCGGGGAGGGCAGCGGGUGAGGAUGAGGAAGGAGGAGAUGAAGAAGUAGAAGAAGAAGCAGAAAACUGAAGGUAAAAGAAAAAGAAAAAAAAAAGAAAAAGAGAGAGAGAGAAAAGAAAAGCACCGGGAAAAAAGAAAAAAAAAUCAAAUGACUUAAAAAUACAUUUUUUAAAAUGUCAUAUAUUGCAACAUAUUGAUGCAUUUGUCAUACGUUUCUACUUAAAUUAUUAAGCACUUAUGGUUUAGAUGUAAUAAUAAUUCUAUGUCAGGGUAAAUUUUUAUUUUGGAUAUGAAGCUAAGGGCGAGGGGAGCGCGGCGGGGCCGGCGGGCGGCGGGCCGGGGUCCUGCAUGCACCGGGCGCUACCCCCGUCCGGCCCCGCCGCCCGCGCCCCUUCCUUCCCCCCGAGUGUCACUGGUGCCCGUGGAAUGGAGUCUCGGUAGUUCCGUGUUUACCUUCCCUUUCCCGUUUGGGUUUGGUUUUUGGUUUUUUUUUUUUUCCUCGCCCCUCUGGAAAAAAAAAAAAAAGAUUUAUUAAACUUUAUAGUUUAUCCGGGUAUGUUGGAUGCUUUGACAAUAAAU